AUGCAUUUCUCCGUCGCCCUCCUGGCUCUUCUGCCUGCUGCUAUCGCGGCCCCCACCGCUGAGCCCAUCCAGAAGCGCGCCCCGAUCAUCGCCGCCCGGGUUGGCCAGGUCGUACCGAACAAGUACCUCAUCAAGCUGAGGGAGGGUACCAGCGACGACGCCCUUGAGGCCGCCAUCGGCAAGCUCGGCAAGUCCAAGGCGGAUCACAUCUACCGCGGCAAGAAGUUCCGGGGCUUCGCUGGCAAGCUCGAGGCCGACCUCUUGGACCAGAUCCGCCUUCUCCCUGAGGUCGAGUACGUCGAGGAGGAUGCUAUCUUCAGCAUCAACGCCUACGUCUCGCAGAGCGGCGCCCCCUGGGGUAUCAGCCGCCUCUCGCACAAGUCGGCGGGCUCCACCACCUACGUCUACGACAGCAGCGCUGGUGAGGGCACCUGCUCUUACGUGAUCGACACCGGCAUCUACACCGCCCACUCGGACUUUGGUGGCCGUGCUACCUUCGCCGCCAACUUUGUCGACAGCUCCAACACUGACGGCAACGGCCACGGCACCCACGUUGCUGGCACCAUCGGCUCCACCACCUAUGGUGUCGCCAAGAAGACCAAGCUCUACGCCGUCAAGGUCCUCGGCUCUGACGGCUCCGGCAGCACCUCCGGUGUCGUUGCUGGCAUCAACUUCGUUGCCACCGACGCCCCCAAGCGCAGCUGCCCCAAGGGUGUCGUUGCCAACAUGUCCCUUGGUGGUGGCUACUCGGCUUCCAUCAACCAGGCCGCCGCCGCCCUCGUCGACGCCGGUAUCUUCCUCGCCGUCGCCGCCGGCAACGACAACGCCAACUCGGCCAACUACUCGCCUGCCUCUGAGGCUUCCGUCUGCACCGUUGGCGCCACCGACAGCAGCGACCGCAAGGCCAGCUACUCCAACUACGGCAGCGUCGUCGACAUCCAGGCCCCCGGCACCAACAUCCUGAGCACCUGGAUUGGUGGCCGCACUAACACCAUCUCCGGUACCUCGAUGGCCUCCCCCCACAUUGCCGGCCUCGCCGCCUACCUCCUGGCCCUCGAGGGCUCCAAGACCCCCGCGGCUCUCUGCAACUACAUCAAGUCCACCGCCCUCUCGGGUGCCGUCAGCGGCCUCCCCAGCGGCACCACCAACCGCCUCGCCUUCAACGGCAACCCCUCGGCCUAA